AGAGAACUUGAAUUUCGCCACAGGGAAGAGAUGAGGAAGAAGGUGGACGAGCGAAUUAGAACUCUUAUCGAGAAUGGCGUCAAAAGCAGGCACAGGUCCAUGUUCGUCAUCGUCGGCGACAAGUCACGUUACCAGAUUGUGAAUCUUCAUUACAUUCUUAGCAAGGCACAAAUCAAAUCCAGGCCAACUGUUUUGUGGUGUUACAAGACCAAACUUGAACUCAGCAGUAAUAAGAAGAAACAUGCCAAGCAGGUUAAGAGAGAGAGAUAUAAGCGGGAAGGUCUUUUGGAUCCUGAUAAAGUUGAUGCGUUUUCGUUGUUUAUAGAGAGUGGGGGAUUAACUUAUUGUUUAUAUAAGGAUUCCGAAAGAAUUCUCGGGAAUACCUUUGGAAUGUGUGUACUUCAGGAUUUCGAGGCGUUGACACCUAAUCUCCUAGCAAGAACAAUUGAGACUGUGGAAGGAGGAGGGUUGAUUGUUUUGAUGCUUCGUUCUCUAUCCUCACUGACCAGUCUGUACACCAUGGUGAUGGAUGUCCAUUAUAGAUUCCGAACUGAAUCUCACUCUGAAGCUGUUGGGCGCUUUAAUGAACGCUUUUUAUUAUCACUUGCUUCUUGCGAGUCAUGUGUGGUCAUGGAUGAUGAGAUGAAUGUGUUACCGAUUUCAUCUCACAUUAGGUCUCUUACCCCAGUUCCGGAGGACUUGGAGGGACUCUCAGAAGCACAACAGGAGCUGAAAAACCUUAAAGAACAGCUGAAUGAAGAUUUCCCAGUUGGGCCGUUGAUUAAGAAAUGUUGCACGUUGGACCAGGGAAAAGCUGUCAUCACUUUUCUGGAUGCAGUUCUGGACAAGACACUUCGUAGUACUGUUGCAUUGUUGGCUGCUCGUGGUCGUGGGAAAUCAGCUGCUCUUGGUUUAUCAAUUGCUGGAGCAGUUGCCGUGGGGUAUUCAAAUAUCUUUGUAACUGCACCCAGCCCAGAGAACUUGAAAACCUUGUUUGAAUUUAUAUGCCAAGGUUUUGAUGCACUUGGGCACAAGGAACAUAUUGAUUAUGAUGUGGUGAAAAGCACGAAUCCUGAGUUCAAGAAAGCUACUGUAAGGAUUAACAUCUACAAGCAUCAUAGACAGACAAUUCAGUAUAUACUCCCGCACGAGCAUCAAAAGCUUUUGCAAGUUGAAUUAUUGGUUAUUGAUGAAGCAGCUGCGAUUCCACUGCCACUUGUAAAGUCUUUGCUUGGGCCAUUCCUGGUCUUCCUGUCAUCCACAGUUAAUGGUUACGAAGGUACUGGGCGCUCUUUAUCGCUUAAACUUCUGCAGCAAUUGGAAGACCAAAGCCAUGCAUCUGCUAAGAUCGCAGAGGGCACUGGUUCUGGCCGUCUAUUUAAGAAAAUAGAACUCAACGAGUCCAUCAGAUAUGGUUCUGGGGAUCCCAUAGAGCGCUGGAUUAACACUCUACUAUGCUUAGACGUUUCAAAUGUCAUCCCUAAUCUUAGCAGGUUACCUCCACCCAGUGAGUGUGAUCUAUACUAUGUUAAUCGGGACACCCUCUUUUCCUGCCAUAAAGAUAGUGAAUUAUUUUUGCAGCAAAUGAUGGCCUUAUAUGUUGCUUCACAUUACAAAAAUUCUCCAAACGAUCUGCAGCUGAUGGCAGAUGCUCCAGCUCACCACUUAUUUGUAUUACUUGGACCUGUUGAUGAAUCAAGUAAUCGACUUCCUGAGAUUUUGUGUGUCAUCCAGGUCUGUCUUGAGGGGCAGAUAUCUAGCCAAUCAGCAAUCAAAAGCUUGAGCCAUGGUCACCAACCUUUUGGGGAUCAAAUUCCUUGGAAAUUCUGUGAGCAAUUUAGAGAUACAGUUUUCCCCUCACUUUCAGGCGCUCGCAUUGUGCGCAUUGCCACACACCCAAGUGCCAUGAGGCUUGGGUAUGGCUCGCAAGCAGUUGAGCUUUUAACACGUUACUAUGAAGGACAACUUACUCCUAUCUCUGAGAUCGAUGUUGAAGUUGAAGUUGAAGUAGUAGCUCCACAAGUUAGAGUUACAGAAGCUGCAGAGAAGGUUUCAUUACUUGAAGAAAAUAUAAAACCUCGAACGGAUCUUCCUCAUUUGCUAGUACAUCUGCGUGAAAGACGCCCAGAGAAGCUCCAUUACAUUGGUGUCUCAUUUGGCCUAACCUUGGAGCUUUUUCGCUUUUGGAGAAAGCAUAAUUUUGCUCCUUUCUACAUUGGCCAGAUUCCAAAUGCUGUGACUGGUGAGCAUACAUGCAUGGUCCUGAAACCUUUGAACAAUGAUGAAAUUGAAGUUGAUGGAUCAAAUCAAUGGGACUUUUUUGGUCCAUUUUAUGAAGAUUUCAAGAAAAGAUUUGCUGGACUUUUGGCUUCCACUUUUCGUGGCAUGGAAUACAAGCUUGCUUUGAGCAUAAUAGAUCCAAAAAUCAAUUUCAUGGACCAAGAACCUGGGAAGAUCAAUUCUGAUAAAUGUUUGGGCCCAGUUAGAGAAUAUUUAUCACCACAUGAUAUGAAGCGACUAGAGGCUUAUGUUGACAAUCUGGCUGACUUCCAUCUGAUUUUAGAUAUUGUUCCCACCCUUACACAUCUGUACUUCCAAGAAAAGCUUCCAGUUACACUGUCAUAUGCUCAGGCUUCUGUAUUACUGUGCAUUGGUUUGCAGAAUCAGGGCAUUUCAUACAUUGAGGGACAACUGAAGUUGGAAAGGCAACAAAUAUUGUCUUUAUUUAUAAAGGUAAUGAAGAAGUUCUACAAAUAUCUGUAUGGCCUUGCAUCCAAGGAGAUUGAAUCAACCUUGCCUCGACUGAAAGAAAUUGUUUUGAAACCUCAUAGCAUCUCUGUGGACGAAGAUCUGAACAAUGCAGCUAAACAAGUUGAGGAUGAUAUGAAGUCAAAACAAGAAGCAGUCUUUGCUCCUGAAAUGCUCCAGCAGUAUGCCAUUCAAGAUGGAGAAUCUGGUCUUAAGAAUAUUAUAGAAAAUAAUGGUGGAAAAAUACCCACAGGUGGACUUAUUAGUGUGAGAUCCAGUAAGAAUGUUGUCCCACCCAAGGGAAGCCAUAAGAAAGACAAAAAGCAGGGUGAAGGCAACCCCAACAGUAGAUCAAGCAAAAGGAAAAGAACUUGA